AUGGCCUCUCUGCAACCAUCUUCCCGUGCACGAACCCAACACCUUCAGGCCCUAAACCCGUCUUCCACCCGCUCCAACACCGCCUCUCCCACCCGCGGUUCCGUCACCCAAACCCAGACCAUGACUCACACCCCGACAGAUGCUCCAGCCGACCCAUCUCGAACGAUCGAGGCCGCUACUCUGCGAUUACGCGGAGCGCAUGAUCCGGCCGAGAGCAGAAGACAGCGGAGAAGGGGCCCUGCCAUACGAUGGGCGGAGGAUGUGGUGGAUAAUGAAGGGAUGGGGAGGAAAAGUAGCAAGGUGUGCUGUAUCUACCACCGACCCAGGGCUGUGGGGGAGAGUAGUUCGGAAGAGGAUUCUUCUUCGAGCAGCUCGGACGACGAGUCGUCGGAUGGGGGUGCUGGUGAUGAUGGGUCAGCCAGGCCUGUGGGUGGUGAUGGCGGGAGAGGGAGCCGCACCGGCAAGAAGAGGAGGCGGCAUCAGCAUCAUCAUCACCACGGGCACGACCACGAUCAUGAGAAGGACAACGAAGGGGAAGGAGCAGCGAAGGAAAGGGGGCGAAGACCGAGCCCGAAUGCUUAUGAGAGAAUGCCGAAGACGGGUAUGGGGCCGAAAGGGAAAUAG